AUGACACGCUUUUUUGGCCUUCGUGGCAAUAGCCUCAAUGUCGUGACCAUUCUCGGGGUGUUGAUGCCUGGCAUCUUGUCGGUCGGGUACAAUGCCGCAUCACUCGGCGGCGUCUUGAGCUUGGAAAGCUUCGAAAAGCAGUUCCACGAGAUCGACAUCACAGAUGCUUCCGACAGGACCCAUGCAUCGGCUAUUCAAGGCACGGUCGUGGCGGUCUACACGGUUGGAGGCUUCAUCGGUACCUUCGUCUGCAUCUGGCUGGGCGAUAUGCUGGGGCGACGACGGGUCAUUAUGGCAGGAGCUAUUGUUCAAGUGAUCGGCGCGAUUCUCAACGCGAGCGCCUAUUCCCUGGCUCAACUAAUUGCCAGCCGUCUCGUUAUUGGUAUUGGCACUGGUGCCUUUUUGGCCACCAUUCCUCUGUGGCUGUCUGAAAUCUCGCCGGCCAGCAAACGCGGUGCACACGUUGCCACGAAAGGCGUCUUCAGUGGCUUUGGAUGUGCCCUGGCUUUGUUUUUGGAUUUUGGGCUCUCUUUUAGGGGCGGGAGCAUGGCCUGGCGCUUGCCCGCGGCAUUUCCCCUCAUAUUAUCCGUGGCCGUUUUCGGAUUCAUUGUUUUCCUUCCCGAGUCGCCUCGCUGGCUUAUUCGACAGGGGAGGAUUUCGGAGGCACAAGAAACUUUGGCCGCCCUGGAAGACACGACUAUCGACGACGGGAAGAUUGAAACGCGUAUCGAGGAGAUGCAAGCGUCCCUCGUUCUAGCUGGAGAUCAGAAGUCUCUGGCCCAGCUCUUCCACAUGGGUCCACAGCGAACUUCCCAUCGGGCUUUUCUCGCGAUAGCGGCGAUGACUUUUCUCCAGCUAACAGGAGCCACUGUGACCACAUUCUACACCACGGCGAUUUUUGAGAAUAACCUACAACUGGGGGAAUCGACAUCGCGGCUACUGGCAGCGGUUUAUCAAUUAGUCGGUCCUAUCGGUGGCGUCGUUUGUGUGCUUACUAUCGAAGGCCUAGGCCGUCGAAAGUUACUGAUGGGCAGUGCGGCUGGAAACGCCAUAUGUUUAGCCCUGAUAGCCAGCCUGGGCUCUCAGACCGGAAAUCUAGUAGCAGCCCAUGGCGCUGUCUUCUUUAUAUUUCUAUUCCAUUUCAGCUAUAUCAUUGGCUUUGGGGGGAUACCAUAUCUCUAUGCGUCUGAGAUUUCACCCAUGCAUCUGCGAUCCACCAUCACCAGCAUUAGCAUCAGCAUAUCGUGGGCGAUCAGCAUCCUGGUCGCCAAUAUCACCCCAAUUGCAUUCAACGCAAUGGGUCAGCGAUACUUUCUCAUUUUUGCUGGUUUCAAUGCUGCGAUGAUACCGGCAAUAUUCUAUUUCUUCCCGGAAACUUCUGGACGCAGCCUCGAAGAGAUUGAUGAGAUCUUUGCUCUCUCCAACAGCCUCCUGGAUGCCGUUCCGACGGCUAAGAAACUCCCGCCGCGCCAGCCACAUAACCUACCAGAGGCUGAGAAAGUACUGGUUAAAAGCCUUGAAAGUCCAGUGUGA